ACUGAGCCAGGGCAGUGAAAGCGGUCUGAAACUGGGUUAUGUCUGCAGUGUGGCGCCUGGCGGGAGGGCCUCCGAUGCUGGCCGUCCUCCCGCCUUCCUCUCAGGGGCGGAGUCCCUCCCUGAUCCCGCCUGGCUUUCUUUGUGUGUCUGUGUCUGCUGCAGCUGAGGCGGCGGAGCAGAGUCGGGAGUAGUAGCAGCAGCAGCUCCGAGGCCGGCGCCCGUUCUCCUUCUCCUCUUCCCCGCUGACGCCGAGGAGGCCUGCCUUCCCUUGCCUCUGCCUUGGCCAUGGCGCUGCUGGGCCCCUCUUGCAGCCCGGAGGCCGGCUUCUCCAGCGAGGAGCUGCUGACCCUCCGCUUCCCUCUCCACCGCGCCUGCCGCGACGGGGACCUGCCGGCCCUCUGCGGCCUCCUCCCCGGCGCCUCCCGCGAAGCCCUGGCCGCCGAGGACUCCUUCUACGGAUGGACGCCCAUCCACUGGGCCGCGCACUUCGGAAAGCUGGACUGUUUAAUGCAGUUAGUGAGAGUGGGAGCUUCUGUAAAUGCCUGUACAACACGCUUUGCCCAAACACCUGCCCAUAUUGCUGCCUUUGGAGGACAUCCUCAGUGCCUCACCUGGUUAAUUCAAUCGGGAGCCAACAUAAACAAACAGGAUUAUGUUGGUGAAACACCUAUUCACAAAGCAGCUCGAUCUGGUAGUAUGGAAUCUAUAAGUGCCCUUGUGGCUCAUGGAGCUCAAAUAGACUUGAGAAAUGCCAGUGGCCUGACAGCAGCAGAUCUUGCACAUACCCAGGGCUUCCAGGAAUGUGCUCAAUUGCUCUUGAACCUCCAGAACUGCCCACUGAAUAAUUUCUGUAACAAUGGCACCUUAAAUGGGCUCCAUCAGAAUAUGAGCUCUAAUCUACUCAGUAGAGGUAUAAAUCGAAAAAGAGCAUUUGAAGAUACAGGCAGUGUUGGAAUGAAGAAGGCCAGGACUGAAGGUCAGAGUUUGGGUGAUUUAAUACCAAUGACAAAUGGAGGAAGUGAAGAAGAUGCUGACAAUAUGCAUGUUGAUAGAGAGUUUUCUGUUAUAUCAGAUAUGAACUGCAGUAACACCAUAUUGAAUGCAUUGGCAAAUGGACAUACCAUCAGUGGACAUUUGGACUUCACUUCCCCAGCUCAGCUCAAUGGAUUGAGUGCCAGGCGUGAAGAAUGCCUAACAUUGAUAGUACCUAAUGCACUAGCCUCUGCUCAUAAGCAUGCCAUCAAUGUUGGCAAUAAUGUUGAGGAACCAGAAAAGGUUCUGAAUGCUGCUUCUGAUAUGUGUGGUUCUUUGCAUCUAAAUGGAAGCCCAAGUAGCCUUGUGUCAAACAGGCCCUCGUGGGUGGAUGACUUUGGAGAUACAUUGCACUAUGGACAUUACCAUGGUUUUGGGGAUACUGCUGAAAGUUUUCCUGAACUUAACAGUGUUGUUGAGCAUUCCAAUUCUGUUAAAGUUGCACAGAAAUAUGAAAAUACUGUCUUGGGUACAAUGUAUCUUUAUCAUGGUUCCUAAGUUGUCAAUACCACAUUUUUGUGGAUGUCAUACAUAUUUUGAAAAGUAAUACUUAAGAAGUUAAUGGGGUGGAGGGUGGGAAUAUCAUCUGAAGGAUACAACAAGUGAUUUUUUUUUUUUACACAUUGUUUAAAAGACUUUGAUGCUUGACAGCCUUAUGCUUCUAAUUUUGCAUGCACAGGACUCAUUAGAUUUAUGAAUAGGUGCUUUUACAAUGGAUUGUUCUUUUUUUAAUGACAAGUUCUAGUUUUUUACUUUUUUAUUUCUAAGCUAUAAGCACUGUACUAUAGAACUUGGUGUUCACUUUCAGUAAGCUGUUCUGAACCUAAACUCUGUAGAGCAAAGUUCAAGUUUUUAUAUUAGUACAGUGCAAAUUCUCUGGUUUAAGACUUUCUGUUGAGACUAUGGUAAGCAAUAUCAGUGCCAGCUAUGACUAUGCAAAGAGUGGGUGGUGACAGUAAAAACAUCUGACAUAAUCUGUUUGAUAUUAACAAAUUAACUGCUUAAAAUAGUGUUUAGAUGCUUCAAGCCACUUCAUACCACGUGGUUCAUUAGAAGAAACUGGGACUCUCUUCCUUUUGUUUCAUUGGGUAUAUGCAUGAUAUUUUACCAUAGCUCACAGACAGAAUAGCAUGUUGACACUGUUCUACUGUGUAUGUGAAUUACAAAAAAACUGUUGAAAUGUCUGGUCAAUAUAUUUCACCUUUGUUUUACUAUAUGCAUAUAUUUUGAUGGUUUUUUUCUCCAUGUUUUUAAAGAGAAACACAUUGCUUUAAACUGUUGAAAUGUUGUGAAUUUCCAGCCUAGUUGCAGUGGCUGUAUUAUUUUAUUUUUAAGCCAAAUUUGAUGGAAAUAUAUUGUUUGAAGGUUGAAUACAUUGUUUAUAUAUGCAGAAUAUCUACACGUUCACUGCAAAACUUUGUAACAUUAUUACUUUUGUGAAUUUUGGUAAAAUUAAGAUGGAUGAAGAAAGUGUUAAACUAUAAGAUGAUGAUCUGUUUAAACUGUGCUUGUAUCUUUUUGUUUCAAAAGGGACCUUUACAAUUGAAUUUAAAAAAAUAAACUCCAUCUUGCAUUAUA